GCAUUCUGGGAGGAUAAGAUAGAAAAGUUUAACCGAAACCGCCGAUUGAUACUAGAUCUGCAAAUCUCCUGCAUUUCACUGUGAUAAUCUCUGUCAUCUCCCAUCAUCAAUUCAAGGAGUCGACCAGCAUAUCUGUCUCUCCAAGGUAUUCGAACACCGUAAUUGCGGAUCCGAUUGGAGAUCUCGUAAUCGUUGAGGGUUUGGAAACGAGUGCUGCAGACCAGUUGUUUGAGCGGAGAUCGGAGCGAUGGCGAAGGAGUCAUCCAAUGGGGACCAGCACACCAUCACGCGGCCGCCUCCGACCCCUUCUCCUCUGCGAUUUUCCAAGUUCUUUCAGGCUAAUCUGCGGAUCUUGGUUACUGGGGGUGCCGGAUUUAUUGGGUCUCAUCUGGUUGACAAGUUGAUGGAAAAUGAGAAACACGAGGUUAUUGCUGUGGAUAACUAUUUUACUGGUUCAAAGGACAACCUCAAAAAGUGGAUCGGGCACCCAAGAUUUGAGCUUAUUCGACAUGAUGUUACGCAACCAUUGCUGGUAGAGGUUGAUCAGAUCUAUCAUCUUGCCUGCCCUGCUUCUCCAAUUUUCUACAAGUACAACCCUGUAAAGACCAUAAAGACAAAUGUCAUCGGCACCUUAAACAUGUUGGGGCUUGCAAAGAGAGUUGGAGCAAGGAUCUUACUCACUUCAACCUCAGAGGUUUAUGGUGACCCUCUUGAGCAUCCGCAGAAGGAAGAAUAUUGGGGCAAUGUUAAUCCAAUUGGAGUAAGGAGUUGCUAUGAUGAGGGGAAACGUGUGGCAGAGACUUUGAUGUUUGAUUAUCACAGGCAGCAUGGCAUAGAAAUUCGAAUUGCCAGAAUUUUCAAUACAUACGGACCACGCAUGAACAUUGAUGAUGGCCGUGUAGUGAGUAAUUUCAUAGCUCAAGCAAUCCGCGGUGAAUCCUUAACAGUCCAAGCACCAGGAACACAAACUCGGAGUUUCUGUUAUGUUUCUGACAUGGUUGAUGGCCUUAUUCGCCUGAUGGGAGGAGAUCACACUGGUCCAAUCAACAUAGGAAACCCAGGUGAAUUUACAAUGAUGGAGCUUGCAGAAACAGUGAAGGAGUUGGUUGACCCAACAGUGCAAGUGAAGAUUGUGGAGAAUACACCUGAUGAUCCACGUCAGAGGAAGCCUGAUAUCGCAAAAGCGAAGGGACUGCUUGGCUGGGAGCCCAAGAUAACAUUACGCGAGGGUCUGCCACUCAUGGAAGAUGAUUUCCGUCAGCGUCUUGCUGUUCCCAAAAAGCAAAACAACUAGGCCCCACAGCCUUUGCCACUUUAGAUUCACUGCAUCCAGUCUGCAUUUUUGCUAGUGCAUGCAUCUUGGGUUUCUUCACAAUAAGUGUUUGGGUAGUGUCGAUCUGAUGAACAGAUAGAUGUAUUGUCAGUAGCGAAUCAGAGGAAUGCAUUAUUAAUCUUGCAGCAAGGUUGGCUUGAGGGUAAGCAAGCAUCAGUUAUAAUGAAGACUCGAAGCACAAAGUUUAUAAAUUUGCUUUUCCCCCCCUGCUAUGCAAUUCUUGGCCAUUCUUGUGACUUGAGAAUAAAGUAUUGCCCCUAAAAGUUUUGGAUGCCUGAUGCUUUAACCCAAUCUCCAGUAUAUGGGUUGAGAAUGAAGCACUUUCCACUAAAAAUUUUGGAUGUCUGAUCUUUGAUCCGAUCUCCAGCGUAGGUGUUGAAUUAUUAUGCAAAAGUAAGGCCUGUCAACUGUGUUGCUGGCCUAAUCUGAAAUAUUGUCUUGUUAAGAUGUUCUUUACACUGUGGCAUCCACUAAUUAUUUAAUUCAAGAGACUUAUUUAUAUU